CUCGACGCCUUCAUCCUCGACGACAUAGUGAGCGCGUCCGAGUGCGAGGCGCUGAUUAAAUGCGCCGAGGGUGCGGGUUACAGCUUUUGGAACGCGGCGGUGUCCACCGCGACGUUUCGCAACUCGGAUACGGUUGAGAUUCACAGCGCGGCGGUCGCGGACGAACUGUGGCGGCGGUGCGCGCACUUGGUGGUGCCGACGGUGGUCAUCGAGCAGGGGCACCCACUGUGGGAGCCGGGACUAGAGGGGACUUGGAAAGCGUGCGGGGUGAACGAUCACCUCCUAUUCAACAAGUACGAACCAGGCGGACACUUCUCGCCGCACACUGACGGUGCAUCCAUCGUAGACAUGAACCGAAGGUCCCUCUACUCCAUGCUCGUGUACCUGAACAGGUGUCCCGACGGUGGCGGCACGGCUCUGUUUUCGCCGCCGGAGGGAACCAGCAUGGGAAAAUUCGUGGUCGACCCCGCUCUGGGUGUGUACAGGUGGCCCGAGGAAUGGCAGACGGGGGUUGCGCCCGUCGAGCCCGGCACGGCGCUGGUGUUCAGGCAGGACACCAGCCACGAGGGCGUGCCUGUUGGACCCGGCCACCGGAAGAUCAUUAUACGCACCGACGUGAUGUACGAACGAGUCCCGCCGGUGUUCAUAGACUAUGUGGGGAAGCAAGCGUACGACUUGCAUCGCGAGGCACAGAGCGCGGAGGGCGAGGGCGAUCACAUGACGGCGAUGAGGCUGUACAGGCACUGCAGGAGGCUC